CGCUGAAACACACAGACAGUCUGACUGAUAGUACUUGCCGCAGGUUUCCAAAAUGGUAACGUUCAUAAAAAUCUUGAUUGCGAGCAUCUUUGUUGGUAUCUUAGCUGUCUUCUGGAAUCGUUCAAGUUUUGAUCCAGAAUCUCUUAGAGGUGCCAGGGUGUUGGUCACAGGGGCAAGUUCAGGCAUUGGAGAACAAAUGGCAUAUCAUUAUGCCCGCUUUGGAGCCAAGAUUGUUAUCACAGCAAGGAGGAAGAAGAUUUUAGAGAAGGUUAUUGAGAAGUGCCUGAGUCUGGGAGCCCAGGAAGCUCUCUAUGUAUCCGGAGACAUUUCUAAUGAGACUGACUCUGAAAACGUGGUCGAUUUUGCACUGGAGAAACUUGGAGGCUUGGACUACCUGGUUCUCAACCACGUUGGUAAGAGUGGCUUUGCCAUGUGGAAUGGAGACAUGGAUCACUUCAGGAGCCUUAUGAAGGUCAAUUUCUUUAGCUACGUACAGAUGGCCUGGAGAGCCUUGCCCCCAUUGGAGCAAAGUAAAGGGUCUAUUAUAGUAGUGUCGUCAAUCGCAGGGAAAAUGAGCAGUCCCUUUGCGGCCGCAUACACUGCAACAAAAUGUGCCUUGAAUGGAUUUUUUGGGUCCCUCAACCAUGAACUUGCAAUGAAGAAAAGUAAUGUGUCAAUCUCUAUAUGCACACUGGGACUAAUUGAUACUGAAACAGCAUUGAAUGCAGUCAGGGGAAUCAUUAUGGCACCAGCUUAUCCUGCUACAGAAGCUGCGUUGAAUAUCAUCAUAACAGGACAAACAAGGCAGCAGGAGCUUUACUACCCCUGGUUCACAUAUGUCAUGAAUCUCACCAAAGACUGGUUUCCUUCGCUAACAAACUAUAUCAUCCGCAGCAGUCUCAACUACAAUCCAUAGAAAACAUGUGGAGAGUUUUUAAUUGUAAGUGUAUGAUGCACAGCUCCCCACAUGAAAUCUAACUCUAAUUGUAUUUAAUUCUGAAAUCCACUUAAAUGUUUCUCAGAUUUGGGCAUCAUAAUCAAAUGCACCUCAUUUUUGUUUUAAAAACAUCUUUCAGGUUCACAUUCUGUUUAUUCUUUCCUCGUUAUCAGAUCACAAUCACAUGUGAAUAUGGUUUCAGACUGGUUAAAAAAAGCAUGCAUGCUGUAUCCGUAUGUCUUUUUAAAUGUUUUUUUUUUUUUAUGAAAAGUAUCCAGACGUCUGUUUAAUGUAGAGCAAUCCGAAUUUUAUUUUGUGUGUAGAUGUAUAUAUGAACUAAGUUUGAGUUAAUUUCCUUCAUGCUCAUGGACACCAAUGUAAACAACCACUCAGUUAAAAUGCGUUGAGCUGAAUAAAUGUGUUCUUUGAAUGUCCACAUGAGGGCAGUAGUGCCUAGGUUAUGAAGCAGCAGCACUGCACCCCAGUAGCUAUCUUCCAGGUCCAUUUUCAACACCAGAGAAUUAUCACAAUACCAUCAUGCAUUUCAAGGGUAUGAGGUAAACUAAACUAUAGUUUAAUUAUGUUAACCAAUUGUUAUCUAAUACUAUAUUUGUUUUCUUUUUACAACCUGAAUGAUUAAAUUCUUAAGUUUG